CACCUCUGCCCGCUGCCUCUGCUGGGGAUCUCAGCGCGCGCUCUCCGGGAGCUGUACCCCACCCCCUCCUGUAGCCCGCCCCCGGACACCCCGGGUUCAGUCACCGACUCGAGUGGGAGCCCUGGGGCUGAGCGGCGGCUCUUUCCUCGCCCGCGUCAAGGGAGAAGGAGCGAGUGAGCGAGCGCAGGACACGUCGUCCUGCUGGGGACGGAGCGACUGUCAGCCGCGGGGGACUGGGGAAGACGCCGGAGCCAGGCCCGGAGCGUCCCGCCUGUCUAGACUUGGAGCCUGCGUAUGCCCUCGGGAAGAGGAGGAGGAGGGAGACGGUGGCCGCGCAGCGCGACCCUUCCUAAUAUCUUCAGGUCAGCAGUGUGCUCCAUGCUCUGUUCUUCUUCCUAUCAAAACCUGCUCCCAGAUUGAGUAUUGGUCUCUGUGCCUGAUCCUGCCCCACAAAUCCUGGAACCACUGUGUCUGUCAGCAAUGAGAGAUGAGUAGACUCUCUUCAUGACGUCAGAGGAGAAAUAUACACCAGACUGCUCAUCUCAGAUGCUCCAAAUCAUCAGGCAGCUCCCAGCUUCCAGGAGAAGCAACUGACACAAAGAAGAACUGAGGUGGGAGAGCCAGAAAGCUAGGCAGAUGGAGGAAGAAGUCCAAGCUGAGCUGGACACGGGCAUCGGCAGGAAGACCAGAAGUGGUAGAGAGUAACUGGAGACUUCCCCAGGGAGGGUUCUCCCCACCGAACACUGCAGCCCUCAGCCUAGUCUGAGACCAUGCCUGACGGGACAGGACAUCACUGAGCUUCCCACCUCUCCCCCCUCCCCUGACUUCUGCCCAGCCCCCUGUCCCCACAGGCUGGACAGAGAGCCACCCUCCUCUUACCCCUUAAUGCGCCACGUCACCCUUGGGACCAUGCAAGAGGUGACCAUUUAAAUUCAGAACUUCCCCCAGUUGCUGGCACCCCACUCCCCCACCUCCUCACCCCUUUUUAGCAACCUCACCAGGAAUCCACCUCUCGGUGGUGCUUCCAGAUGGCAGGUUGCAGGUGGGGGGUGCUGUGCGUGUGUGUGGCAGCCGCGUCCCUACUGUACGCUGGUGGGCUGGUGCGGGCCGACUGCUGGCUUAUUGAAGGCGACAAGGGUUUCGUGUGGUUGGCCAUCUGUAGCCAGAACCAGCCCCCUUAUGAAUCCAUCCCCCAGCAGAUCAACAACACCAUAGUGGACCUGAGGCUCAAUGAGAACAAGAUUAAGAGUGUACAAUAUGCCUCCCUCAGUCGCUUUGGGAACCUGACGUACCUCAACCUGACCAAGAAUGAAAUCACCUACAUUGAGGAUGGGGCCUUCUCGGGUCAGUUCAACCUGCAGGUGCUACAGCUGGGCUACAACCGCCUGAGGAACCUCACAGAGGGGAUUCUCCGAGGCUUGAGCAAGUUGGAGUACCUCUACCUCCAGGCCAACCUCAUCGAGACGGUCACCCCCACUGCCUUCUGGGAGUGCCCUAACAUCAUGAACAUCGACCUGUCCAUGAACCGCAUCCAGAGGCUAGACAGUGGGACCUUCGUGGGACUGGCCAAGCUCUCCAUCUGUGAGCUUUACAGCAACCCCUUCUAUUGCUCAUGUGAGCUCUUGGGGUUCCUCAAAUGGCUGGCAGACUUUACCAACAUGACACGCACCUACGACCGUAUGCAGUGCGAGUCACCACCGGACUACUCUGGCUACUUCCUGCUCGGGCAAGGCCGGACCAGCUACCGAAACGCCCUGAGCAUGCUGUCCAGCCUUUGCACUGAUGGGUCAUACACUGUGGGAUCCCGCUUCAUCCCCGCCCGCUACCCCCCCACCACCCCUCCGCCAGAGGGCCCCUGCGCCGAGGACGAGUGCUUCUCGGGAGACGGCACCACCCCCCUCGUGGCCUUCCACACUCCGGCCACCAAGUCAGAGAUGCGGCCCAACAUCUGGGUGAAGCACCUGACCCACAACUCUGCCACGCUCGGUGUCCAGCUGCCCUCCCCCUUCAGGAAGAUGUACGUCCUGGCUCAGUUUGAAAAUGGGUUCUCCUCUGAUAUCACCAACUUGCACAAAGAGCGUGAGGAGAUUGAGCUGUCCAACCUCAUCACCCACACCAACUACACCUACUGCGUGGUCUCCCUGGGCCACCCCCUGCGUUACAACCACACCUGCCUCACCAUCUGUCCUACGAAGCCCCCGCCGUCGCCAGGGCCCGUACCCAAUUCCUCCACCGCAACCCACUACAUCAUGACCAUUCUCGGCUGCCUCUUCGGGAUGGUGAUUGUUCUCGGAGCUGUCUACUACUGCCUGCGGAAACGGCGGCAGCAGGAGGAGAAGCACAAGAAGACAGCAGGGGGCAUGAAGAAGACCAUCAUUGAGCUCAAAUAUGGGCCCGAGCUGGAGACGCCGGGCAUCGCCCAGCUGUCCCAGGGGCCCAUGCUGGGUGGCGAGACUGUGACCCGCAUUCCCUACCUUCCCUCCGCAGGGGAAGUGGAGCAGUACAAGCUCAUAGAAAGCAGCGAGACCCCCAAGACCACUAAGGGCAACUACAUGGAAGUUCGGACAGGGGAGCAGCAAGAGAGGCGAGACUGUGAGCUAGCCCUGCCGCCGGACAGCCAGAGUUCCGUGGCUGAGAUCUCCACGAUCGCCAAGGAAGUGGACAAAGUCAACCAGAUUAUCAACAACUGCAUUGACGCCCUCAAGUCUGAGUCUACCUCCUUCCAGGGGGUCAAGUCUGGAGCUGUGUCCGCAGCCGAGCCCCAGCUAGUCCUCCUGUCAGAACAGAUUCCCAGCAAGCAUGGCUUCCUGUCCCCCGUCUAUAAGGACAGCUACAGCCACCCGCUGCAGCGGCACCACAGCAUGGAGGGGCCCCCCAAACGCGCCAGCACAUCGUCCAGCGGCUCGGUCCGAAGUCCCCGUUCCUUCCGCUCCGAGGGAUCCUCUGCCCACAAGUCAGAGGCGAAGUACAUCGAGAAGACGUCGCCCACGGCUGACACCAUCCUCACUGUGACACCGGCGGCUGCCAUCCUCCGGGCUGAGGCUGAGAAGAUCCGGCAGUAUGGCGAACACCGCCACUCGUACCCGGGCUCUCACCAGGGGGAGCAAGCCCCUCCCCAUGACAGCCUGGGCAGCCGCAAGCCUUCCAUCCUGGAACCUCUGACCAGACCCCGGCCCAGGGACCUGGCCUACUCCCAGCUCUCUCCCCAGUAUCACAACCUGAGUUACUCCUCCAGCCCUGAGUACACCUGCAAGCCCUCUCAGAGCAUCUGGGAGCGCUUCAAACUGAACCGUAAGCGCCAUAAAGAUGAGGAGGAAUACAUGGCAGCCGGCCACGCCCUGCGCAAAAAGGUCCAGUUUGCCAAAGACGAGGAUCUCCAUGACAUCUUAGACUACUGGAAGGGUGUGUCUGCACAGCACAAGUCCUGAGUCCUCCUCUGUCCUCUCCACACUCCUCCCUUUCCCCUUCCUCUAGCCUCCCCUCUGCCUUCUAAAACUCGUGAUGCUCAUUGGACCAAAAGGAACCGAAAUCCACAGCAGCUAUUUUUAACCCAGAGACUGUCUUUAAAAACAAAACACAUACACAUACAUACACACAAUUUUAAAAAAGGAUCAUGCCCCCCAUUUCCCCCAUCGCCCUGAUCCUCAGCAGGUGGCAGGAGAAGGGAGGGGAGGGGUAAUUGACAUCAACAACAAAAUAAAGGAAAUAUGAUGAAUGGUA